GUCCUAUAGCCUUAUACCAGCAAUCCCAUUGUCUUUAGAUUAUAUUUGACGCUGUUUAAAAUACGAAUUCUCAUAAAUAAAUUAUUUUAUGCUUCUUUUCACUUCUCUAUAUGCAUCGAGGUAGUCAGCGUCGGCAGCGUACAAGUGUUAAGCUAUGCUCUGAUCUAGUUACUUUGCAUCACCAGAGGCAGACACUCUGGAAGCGGCCCUCCUUCCUCUCCCAUAUCUCGUUCAAAAGUAACCUCUUUCAAAUUCUGUUUCUCUACUUUAUCCAACACCUUCUUUUUAUAGGUCGUCGCUUAACGACAAAACCUCGCUUGCCGCAGGAUGCCACUCCGGAACAGAUCCGACACAUACAGUCCGUGCGUCAGAAAGGCAAAUCCAUCUCUAUCAUUCCAAGUUCAACGGUAUUUUCCACCUAAAGUUUCACCUGUAGUCCCCUCAUCCGAUACGUAAACGGCGAUACCGAACGGUAGAAGAUGCUGUCGCAGGAUUAACGUGGCUGUAACCUGCGCGUUUGAAAAGUGCUGGCAUGAAAGGCACAGUAUCUAUUAAAGAACGAGCUUUUCCCAUCAUGUUUAACUAAGCCUAGUUUAGGAUAAGAAAUAAUUCACCACCAUGCGUACAUUUACAAUUUUACCACUGUUGUUGGGUGGAAGUCAGCUAUGCUCAGCCAUUGAUACGUCUCUACCUCCACCACCCAGUUCUCAGGCAGCUCCUCCAGAAUUGGAAAUCAAGAUCCCGGAACCAGGCAACUGCACGCUAGGGACUGAUAAAAACUUCACUAGUGGCGAUCUAUGCGAAUUCUCGUGCAGCUUUGGCAUCUGUCCUACCAAAGCCUGCGAGUGUCUCCAGCAUGGCAAGCCCAAGCCCUUCCCGCAGGAAGAUAAGACGAAGCUCUCAGUCCGAGCCUUUGAAGAUCAGAAUGACGAAAUGAACAUUCUGUGCCUUUUUGCUUGCAAGCAUGGCCAUUGCCCGGAGAGCUUUUGUGAUACCGAUCCCAUUCCUGCUGCGCGUGAGCACUCUGACCAAUUCGCUUGCAUCACAAAUGACCUUGAUCAUGGAGCUCCAGAGUGCAAAGAGAAAGCUCCGGAUAUUGUUGGCGAUGCUCGCAAGAAAAAUGCCGACAACUGCGCCAUCUUUGAGGAUCCCAAAGAAAGCCAGGACUUCAAAAUUGCUGACUGCUUCAACUUUUGCAAGCCGCAGCUCGACGCCGGUGCCGCCGCUGGCAACACAACCAACUAUGGAUGUGUCGGUCAUUUCCCCUUGGACAAGCCUAUCCCCUACCAGUACGACGGUCGUCCUAAGGGUCACGGUGUCGCUGUCGGAAAGUGCCAAUGCAACAACCCUCUCGUGACUGAGAUUGCCGAGUUUGUGAUUCAAGGCCUUGCAAUGGCCGCCGAGGUCCGUCGUUGA